GCAGAUAAGAGCUACCGUAAGAUAAACGAAAACAAAAAUUGUUUUCAAAAGAAAAAAACAAUGACAAAAUGGAAUGUAGUAAUGGUAAUAUUGUUGGUGAUGAUUGCUGCGAUAGGAGUAGAAGCAAGACAUAAACAUAGAAAGACUUGGAUAGGUUGCUUUCGGUAUUGUUCUCGCACUUGCAGCGAGUACGAUGGAAUUUGCUUUGAAGAUUGUAAGAUCAAAUGUGGUGGUCCUACUCCUCCAAAAACUAAUUCAAGGUAGAAUUUUAUUUUUUCACUAAUUUUUUAUGAUAGAGUGGUACUUAUUAUCGUUAGAACGAACUAAUCCGCUCCAUCUAAUCUUCUUCGCAACGUGGUAAAAUAUC